AUGGGAGGCUGCAUGUGGAUUGCAGCGGUGUGGUUUAAGAUGGCCAAAGAGAAGGACAGGACCAGGCAGCGUUCAGAGACAGACAUGAAGCUGGAUAAACGCAGACCGACGCACGCUGUUGAGAGGGAAUUCGGAGGGACUCUGGGUGCCUCCUGUAUCCCAGUGUUCCUGCCGCUAACCGUGCUCUACCUGCUCUGUGUGUGCCGUUCCCCGGGAGCCAGCCUGCUCCAGUGGCCCCCUCCCCUGCCCCCCACAGCCCAGCUAUGGCACCCUCUGGCCCCCACCUUGCUGCUGGGGUGGCUGGCCCUGCAGACUUUUCUCUACCUGCUACCUGUGGGAAAGGUGGCUGAAGGGAUGGUGCUAAGGGAUGGAUCCAGACUCAAGUACCCUAUCAAUGGGUUCCACUCAUUCUGUGCCACUGCUGUGCUGAUGGCACUGGCCCUGUGGAUGGGGAUGCCCCUUGGGUACCUGUUUGAGCUGCUGUUGCCCCUGGCCGUUUGCACAGUUGGGGUGUCAUUCCUGCUCUCCCUCUACCUCUACAUCCGCUCAUUCUGGGCUCCAAAUCAUGCCCUUUCUCUUGGGGGGAAUACAGGUAACCCUCUGUAUGAUUUCUUCAUGGGACGUGAACUGAACCCACGCAUCGGAAGCUUCGACCUCAAAUACUUCUGCGAGCUCCGACCAGGACUGAUGGGCUGGGUCGUUAUAAACCUGGCUAUGCUAAUGAACGAGGUGGAGCUGAGAGAAUCCCCCUCCCUUGCCAUGCUACUGGUCAAUGGCUUCCAGAUGCUUUAUGUGGUUGAUGCCUUGUGGAAUGAGGAGGCUGUGUUGACCACCAUGGAUAUAGUGCACGAUGGUUUCGGGUUCAUGCUGGCAUUUGGAGACCUUGCCUGGGUUCCAUUCACCUACAGCCUGCAGGCCAACUUCCUGGUGGUGCAUCCACAAUCACUGAGUGCUGCUGGAGCCGCUGCUAUCAUUGCAUUGAAUGGAGUUGGGUAUUAUAUAUUCCGUAGGUCCAAUUCCCAGAAGAACCAGUUCCGUCGGGACCCCACUCAUCCUAGUGUGGCAGGUUUGGAGACCAUUGCCACAGCCACAGGGAAACGGCUUUUAGUGUCAGGCUGGUGGGGGCUUGUCCGUCACCCUAAUUACCUGGGGGACUUGCUAAUGGCCACUGCCUGGUCACUACCCUGUGGGGUCACGCAUCUCGUGCCCUACUUCUACGUGAUUUACUUCACCGUCCUGCUGAUUCACCGGGAGGCUCGGGACGAGAGGCAGUGCAGGGCCAAAUACGGGCUGGCCUGGGACACCUACUGCCGCAGAGUUCCCUACAGGAUCAUCCCUUAUGUCUACUGAGCUUCGAAGGGCUCGCGCUGUUCUGCAAACACGGAACACAACCGCACUCCCUUUUCAUUCAAAAGGGAAACUCUAAGUACAUUUACCGAAUGCUGACUGGAUUCAAUCAAAG